AUAGCAAUGAAAUCCUCGUUUUUCUUCAUCCAUGUAAACAAUCCCUGGCAAUUCACAAGCGCAUCGUGGUUGGAGAAGGAGUAUCGCAUCGUUGGCACUGCUCCCUUCUCCCCUAAGAAGGAACCGUCCACCACAGCAGAGCUAAUCGAGUCUCUGAACGAGGUCAUUUAUCUUGUAGAGUUCAACUCUGGGAGAAUGAACAUCGGGUAUGCGGAUGAUUCGUACUUGUUGGGCGAGUCUGUCAUUUUAGAGGCAGACAGGGGAAUGGACUGUGGAAUGGUGGUCGCCAAGAUCAAGAAAAAAAAGUAUGUGUCGCUGAUAUACAAGAUAGACAAGAAUCUGAGCAACAAGGAGCUGCACCCGAAGAAGAUCUUCAGGCGGGCGGGUGAGAACGAUCUCAAGAUUAUCGAGCUGAAGGCGAGGAAAGAAAAGAUUGCACUGGCGGACUGUAGAGCACGGGUUAAAAGCGAGAUGCUGAACAUGGUGAUCGACAAGUGUGAAUAUCAGUGGGACAUGAACAAGCUCACCUUUUUCUUCAGCUCGGAGUACAAAAUAGAUUUUAGAGAGCUGGUGAAGAACCUGUACAAGGAGUACAAGAUCAGAAUAUGGAUGUGUGCCAUCGGUAAGAGCCGCAAUCAUCAUCUGAGAGAAUUGCUGGAAUGACAGUGUGAAUGCCGUAGUUGUAACCGUUUGGCAGUUGUAGACGAGCUUGUAGAGCCGUAUUGUUAAUUAUGGAUAAAUGAUGAUUGAUUAGCGAUCUUCUUGCACACGUGUUAGCGGUAGCACCACGAUUUAUCAUUUUAUCUUGAGAUAACAGCUAAAUCUCGUACAUUUUGGUUGAACGCGUACAGAGAAGUAUCUCAAGGUAUGAGAAUCGUGUUAUUUCUGUUGUUCUGAGCUAUGAAAAGCGCCGUAUCCUGUGCAUAGUGCGGUAGCGCAUUUUUGGUUGUAGGAGCGGCAUCGUGCACAUGACACAGGCAGAUCUUCGUGCUAUUUGGUCAGCUAUAAAAUUACAAGUGAACGAGCCUGUUCGUGAUCGGGUCUGCGAACCAGAAGAGUUGUGUUUGUUUGGAUGGUGCUGAGCGAAGGUAACGGAUACGUUUUUAGAAAUGAGGUGAUCGACUUUAUCCUAGGUGGUGACGGAAGUGGCAUACCUAUCAGCCCAAUCUAAGAUUUACGGUACAAGAAGAGGAAGCAUGGGCGCAAUGUGGUCAUGAACGAUGAUUAAAGCAUUUAAGCGCAGGAUGAGCAUAAGUGCUGAUAAACCAGAGAGAUGGUUGAUUAAAAUUAAUUUAUACGCAACGAAUGGAGUGUUCAGGGCUAACGUAGAAUGAUCAUUAAUAUUUGUGAAGAGGAUAUUUGACCUGAUGUUGAAGUGAGGUGAUAGCAAUUUGGUAUGAAAAGGUAAAUAAAUGUACUGUUAGUGAGAAA